AUGGGCGCUCCUCUGUCAAUCGUACGGGAGAGCCGCAGCGCAUCACCGACCUCGGAAGAACCGUUGCAUUCCAACGAGUCUGUCCCACUUCUAUCCGACCUUGAGGCAAAUCACCAGACGUAUCACACGAAUGGUCACGCUCAACCAGAACCUGUCGGGAAGCGCGGCACGAGAGGCGCAGUCAAGGAUAUCACUCUUCGAAUAUCCAAGGGUUCCGGUCCCGUGCUGAAGGACGGGUUGAAGUCAAUCCCGGCCGUCAUCCUCGGCACGCUCCUGAACAUUCUAGACGGCGUAUCCUACGGAAUGCUCAUCUUUCCUGCUGCCGGCGUGUUCACGGGUCUCGGGGGAGCCGGUGUUUCUAUGUUCUUCGUCACCGCGAUCGUUACCCAACUCAUAUAUUCGGCUGGUGCGAGCGGGUUUGCGGGAGCCAAUGGCAGUAUGAUGAUCGAGGUCGUUCCCUUCUUCCAUCUCAUCGCAAACCAGAUAGCAGAAGAUGUUGGCGAGGACAAACCUCGCGUUGUGAUCGCUACCACGAUGGUCGCAUUUGCCUUCUCUUCCAUUUUGACUGGCAUUACAUUCUUCCUUCUCGGAGCGCUGAGGUUAGGUUCGCUGAUCGGAUUCUUUCCGCGGCAUAUCCUCGUAGGAUGCAUCGGCGGCGUCGGCGUCUUCCUAGUCAUCACCGGGCUUACCGUUAGUACGGGGAUGUCAGACGAUGAUUUCUCGCUCUCCUUGGGGACCUUCAAGUACCUCGUCUUGAAUGCGCACAACCUCGUCAUGUGGCUGCCCGCAUUCGGCCUCGCCGUGUUACUACGCGUUAUCACUCACAAGUGGGACCACCAACUCAUAUUCCCCAUCUAUUUUUGUAUCAUUCCUGUGAUCUUCUAUAUCGUAGUCGCCGCAGGUCAUCUCGACCUUGUGGCACUGAGGGAAGCGGGCUGGCUGUUCGACAUGGGCACCUCAAGGGAGCCGUGGUAUUACUUUUACUCGUUGUACGACCUCAAGGCGAUGGACUGGCCGGCGUUCUGGGCGACCAUGCCUACGCAAUUUGCUUUGUUGUUUUUCAAUAUCUUGCAUCCGCCUCUCAACGUGCCCGCGUUGGCUGUCUCGCUGCAUCACGAUGUGAACACUGACAAAGAACUGGUCGCGCAUGGGUACUCUAAUUUGCUUGCAGGCUUAAUUGGCACAGUUCCUAACUAUCUCGUCUACGUUAACACGUUGUUGUUUUACCGUGUGGGCGGCGACACUCGUGUCUCUGGUUUCCUCCUCGCGGGUGCUACCACAGUCCUUCUGCUGGUCGGGACGGGGCCGAUCGCAUACAUUCCCAUCAUGCUGGUGGGCGCUCUCAUCUUUGUGCUAGGCAUCGACCUCGUCAAGGAGGCCCUCUGGGACACGCGGCAUCGCGUGAGCACCUCGGAGUACAUCACCAUCGCGAGUAUCAUGCUCUGCAUGACAGUGUGGGACUUCGUCACUGGGGUGCUCUUCGGCAUCAUCGUCAGCUGCAUCUUCUUCGUCGUCCAAAGCUCGCAGCGUCGGAGCAUCCGCGCGCUGCACACGGGCGAAAGCGUCAUGUCGACCGUGCGUCGCCCAGGCGCGCACCGCGCAUACCUGCGCGAGGUGUCCAAGCAGACGACCAUCCUCCGCCUGCAGGGCUUCAUGUUCUUCGGCACGAUUGCGCACGUCGAGGAGGCGAUUCGGGCGCUACUAGACGAGCCCACGUGGCGCCGGAGCCCGAUCCGCUUCCUCGUGCUCGACCUGUCGCUCGUGGCGGGGGUCGACAUGAGUGCCGCGGAAGCAUUUGUGCGCGUGCGCCGACUGCUGGCCGGAAAAAAGGUUGUGUUGGUGCUGUGUGGGUGCACCGUUGACAGCCCGGUCGGACGCGGACUGGGCAAUGUGGGUCUGUUGGAGAUGGGUGGCGUCGAGCUGUUCGAGACGUUCAGUGAUGCAGUCGAAUGGACGGAGAACAUCUACUUGAGAGCGUGGUUCAGGGCGCAGAAGACUGAGACUCUUCCAGUCGCUCUGCCCGGCCGACAAGACAAUGUAAUUCCGUUCCACGGGUCGGUAAUCGACAGUCCCAGGAGGACAGCACUGGUAGAUGCCGGCUGGCGGACGAUUGCCCGUGACCACAGUCCUCCCGAUCCGCUGGAUGCCCGAGAGCCAUUCAGCACUUUAGUUCGCGCCUUCUCGUCCUACGAACCGAUCGACCGGGACACCUACGCGCCGCUCAUCCCGUACCUCUUGCGCAUGUCCGUUCCCGCGGGGACGGUGCUGUGGAACCAGGACGAGGCCCCGGAUGGGCUGUACAUUGUCGAGUCGGGCAUUCUGCGCGCGACGUACCGCUUCGCGGACCCGACGCCGCCGAUGGUCGAGUCGAUGGUGCCCGGGACGAUUGCGGGCGAGCUGUCCGCCCUGUCUGGGCUGGAGAGGAACGCGACGUGCGUGGUGGAGCGCGCGGCGGUAGUGUGGAAGCUCAGUAGAGAGGACUUAGCGAGUCUCGAGGAGGCGCACCCGGAGCUGGCGCGGGCGUUCACGAGACUGGUCCUGAAGGUGGCAAAGUUGGAUUACGAUAUUCUCAUCACGGCAUUGGCUACAAGACAAUAA